UUUUAAAAGAAUUAAUUUUUUUUAAUGAGUGGGUGAAACUCGAAAAAUACGAUUCAUACUCUUUACAUGCAUUAGAAUGACAUUACAAUUUUGCAUAUACAUGGCUUUUGUUCAGCCCCUAUAAGGAUAAUCUACCUUGAUGUUCUAUGUGGACAAUUUUUUUUUGGUGAUUGCUGUUUUCAAUGAUCACAGUCAUUAGUCUUGUUGACAAGAUCGAUGUACCUGUAUGUUUGGAUUGAAAUUUGGUUAAAGGCAGUAGUUCAAGGUUUCUAGACACUAUAUAUUUUAAUUUUAUUUUUAUUUUUGAUGGAAAGGUUACUAGACACUUUUAAUAGAUUGGUUUUGGUCUAAUAUCGAUUAGAUUCAUCAUUCAUAUCCCUGAAACUCAUUCUUUGGGAACUAAACCAGAUUCUAUGCUUGGGUAUUUCGACUAUACUUGAUGCUCCUACAUGGGUGUUGACUCUUGACAAUUUUUUGUGAAUUGAUAACAUAUCUUGGCUGCUGAUGCCUAUUUCGUCAAUGUGACACUAAUGGCUUAGUGUGAUUAACAUCAGACAGUGAAUUUGUGCAUAUCUGAUUUCAAGUGCUAUAAGAUUUCUACUGUUGCUCUCAAUUUAUCAACAAUUACAUGCUUGCAGACUACGUGUUCGAGUACUCUUUGUUGGUUGCCUUGUCGUAUCUGCUUUGCAGUAUGAGCUUUGUAAAUGGUGUGGUGGAUUCAAUUAAUCCUCCACUUCAUGUAUCCCGAGAUCUUUUUCAAGAAAGCAGAAUCGUAAGAUUCAUGAGAAAAAGGCUAGUAAGAAAAACAUUCGACAUGAUUCAAGAGCUAUCUGAGAGCGAAAGUAAAGAGGACUACAAAAGAUUUUGGGAGAACUUUGGGAAGUUUGUAAAACUGGGAUGUAUAGAGGACAGUGGAAAUCACAGACGAAUCACACCUCUAUUGCGCUUCAGCUCGUCAAAGGAGGAUGUGAUAAGUUCAGAUGAUUAUGUUGAAAAUAUGUGCGAGAACCAGAAUGCUAUUUGCUACUUGGCAACGUACAACCUCAAAAGUGCAUAUACAACUCCAUUCUUGGAGAAGUUGUCACAAAAGGGCCCUGAGGUUCUAUUAUUAAUUGAGCCUAUAGGUGAAAUUGCUAUCCAGAACCUACAGACAUACAAAGAGAAGAAGUUUGUUGAUAUCAGCGAGGAAGACCUAAAACUUGGCUUGAUUUCAAUUUUGAUGCAUAGGCUGCCUGCAGUGAUGCAGAGGAGAGCACUGAGGCUAAAAAGCUGUCGACCUCCUCCCGACAGCCCUGCUGACUCGGGAAACAAGAUUUAUGAAAUGAUGACAAUGGCCCUCGGAGUAGGAUGGGGCAGAUUAGAUGAAGGAUCAGUAAAGUCAUCAGAUUCAGAUGCAUGUGCGAGUGCAACUGCAGCCUCAGAUGCCCAAGUGGUUGAUGAGAGGAUCCGAGUCGCUGGAGACCAAGAGUGCUGCCCAAAUGAAGUUAAAGAGAGGGCCUUGGCAUUACUGGACGCUUAUAUCGAGUGCAAUGAUGUUCGUUUUAUAAAAUGCGUGCCAAAUAUGAAUAGGGGAGGGCUCAGCUGGACACCACCACCUCGCGGCACACUGAAGGAAGAGUUGGGCCGACAAGGUGUACGAAGGAUGGAUGUGCUCAACAAAAGAGACCUCGUGCUGGGAAGGAAAAACGUAGUUCGGGAGGGAGGACUUCACCUCGAUCCCACCUGGAGGCUGGAGCAUAUAUCUCGUAUAGGAAGAGCUGGGCCGACAAGAUGUAAGAAUGAUGGAUGUGCUCAACAAAAGAGACCUCGUGCUGGGAAGGAAAAGCGUACUCCGGGAGGGAGGACAUCACCUCGAUUCCACCUGGAGCAUAUAUCUCGUAUCGGAAGAGCUGGGGAGACAAGAUGUAAGAAUGAUGGAUGUGCUCAACAAAAGAGACCUCGUGCUGGGAAAGAAAAGCGUAGUCCAGGAGGGAGGACUUCACCUUGA